CUGAGCCACUCACGCUGGAAAAAGGGGAUUGAGAAGGGGACGAGUGAGGAUACGAUCAUGUUUGAUUGCGUGUGCGUUUUGCAUUGGCAUGGGGCUGUUGACGCUUUCUCUUCGAAUCCAAUCGAUGUUGAUUUUCCAGUGAAGCACGAAGUUCAUGAAGAGAGCUCAGGUCCUGAAGCUUCACCAUCUGUUGUUUUCAUUAAAGAACUUGAAAUAGUUAGAAGCCCCAAGACCACUUCUGAUGAUGUCAAUCUUAUUGAGGAUGAAAAUGCAAAAGUUGACGGGACAGGUUCAGGCUUCAUCUGGGAUAACUUUGGUCACAUUGUAACCAAUCACCAUGUUGUAGCUAAAUUGGCAACAGAUGGGAGCGGAAUACAUUGUUGUAAGAUUUAUCUAGCAGACACAAGAGGCAAUGGCUUUUACAGGGAAGGAAAGAUUGUUGGUGUUGAUCCAGAAUAUGAUCUGGCUGUCCUUAAGUUGACUAAAGAAGACGUGCAAGCUUGUGUUAGAUAGCCUGUAGUGAAGAUAAAGAACCUAGAUUGCAAAGAGCUAUCAAGGAAAGGGUUGAAAGAAUUGCAAGAGUGGAUGGUGGACAACUGGGUUCCUAGAAAUUGCUAAAUUCAAUUAGAUGCUAAAAUGGCUAUUGAGGGAAAUUUAGAGUGAGGAAAAUGACUAAAAUUAGAGUUGUUUCUGAAUAUGUCUCAAUGGAGAUUUGAGAUAUUUGAAGCUGGCCAACCUCAUAUUAAAAUGUAUUUCUUCUGAGUGUCUCUCAAUGGUCCUGUAUCCAAGCAGAGUUUGAUUGCCUCAGUUUUUUAGGGUGUUGCUUUAUUCUUGAAUGACUUCCCAAUUAAUUUGUUUUCUUUUUUGUAUUCACUUGCUAACUAUGUACUUUGAGGUUCCAUAAUGAGAUGGAAGUUCUUUCAAACUCUUAUCAUUGAUUCAUUAAUGGGUGCUACCUAUGUACUUUGAGAUUCCAUAAUGAGAUGGAAGUGCUU